UCGCUAGCGCCUUUCCCCGCCAUUGGGUCAGCCUUCCAGCGCUGUGUCCACUGGGCGCCAGCCCCUUCGUCAGUGCAGAGUCGCAGAGAGCGCUAAGUGACCGCCAGGCGGGCGGCUGUUUGUUCACUGCCACCUCCUGGUGCAACUUUCUCCUACGACGACACACAAGAAGCGCCUCCGUAUCUCGUCUCCUCUCUGUAAUCCUCCAUCCCAAACCCACAGAACCGCCCGCUCCGACUCCCCCGACUCCUCCGACUCCUCCGCCUCCGUCCCGCCGUCGACAUCUCGUCCCAGCGCAUAACCCAAACUACCCCGCUCCCCGCGAGAUCGCCAAGAGCAGAUCCUCUAAAGCAACAUCUAGAACUUUGCCCAGUCAGACACCAUCACGAUGGCUGGUGACGAGGUGCACGAUGGCGCCUCGGUCAAGGAGCUCCUGAUCGAGGCCUGUCGCCGCGACAACACCGAACUCCUCACCGAGUGCCUCAAGGACAAGUCCGAUGCCGAAAUCACAAAGCUGCUGAACCAAACGACCACCAUCAUGGGCAACCACCUCUAUCACGAGGCCGCCUCCCGUGGAAACUACGACAUCAUCGAUCUCCUCCUCGACCAACCCGACUUCGAAUGCGACCCCGUCAACCGCCUCGAAGGCGACACCCCGCUGCACACCGCCGUCCGCUGGCUCAACUCGGAGCCUCCAGCCCAGCGAUCCUUUGGCUUCGCCCUCAUCGAGAUGAUGCUCGAGGCCGGUUCUAACCCUCGCGCUAAGAACAAGGCCCGCCUGACCGCCUUCCAGCUCGUUGACCCUCGCAACUCAGAGCUGCGUGACCUCAUCCAGAAACACGAGUUCACCAACCAGAACGCCGGCGACUUUAUUCCCGUCGAGCACACUGGGGUGGCUACUACUGGCCGUAAUUCACACCCCGUUGCUGACGAAAGCGACGAGGAUGCCGAGUUCAGCGGAAGCGAUGAUGAUGAGCGUGCCGAGUGGGAGAGGAGGAGGAAGGAGAAGAAGAGAUAGAGGUAGAGCACCCUACAGUUAUGGAUUGUGCUUAUAUGCGAGAAUGGCCUUGAGACGAGGCCUCGUCACAUCUAGCGCGGCGGCGGACCAAAAUGGUUGGGUAUGGAUCAUGACAUAUGAGCAAUAGAGCUUGUACAAGGUAGACUUGAAUAAGCAUUUUCAUUUAGGGUUAUCAAAAGGGUAUACGUGUGC